AUGGAUUCUCCAAGUCAAGCCAAUGUAAGAAGUGAAACGAUAUCGGACGAAGAAGGUAUAGCUUCUUUGCUCUUAGAGAAAGUGAUCCCACCAAUCCUUCUGAAGGAAUCAGCAGGUGAUAAAUCUUGUUGCAUCUUCAGAAUCCCUCACACUCUCGGGCGAGCCAACAACACAGCCUAUGAACCCAAGAUCGUCUCAAUAGGCCCUUAUCACCGUUCAGGUGACGACAAUGAGCAUCUCAAGAUGAUUGAGGAGCACAAGAAACGUUACUUUGAGUUCUUCGUGUCAAAGACCAAUGAAAAUGGCGUCAAUCUAAGUCACAUAGUCGAUGCAGUCUCGGGAUUGGAACAGAGGAUAAGAGAUUCCUACUCCGAGAAUCUUUACUUUGAUAAACAAAGCCUGAUCAAGAUGAUGAUUCUUGAUGGUUGUUUCAUUCUUUUGUUGUUCCUUGUGGUUUCAAGAGAGGUUGAAUACACGAAGUUCGACGACCCUAUUUUCAAGCUGAGAUGGAUACUACCGACUCUCCGAAGCGAUCUUCUUCUUCUAGAAAACCAGGUUCCUCUCUUUCUUCUCAAUGAUCUUUUAAAGACAUCAAAGUUAGCUCCAUCCACUAGCGUAAACAAGCUGGCCUUCAGAUUCUUCAACUAUUCGGUGAAAAAACCAAAAGCGUUUUGGGAGAAACAUAACAAUCUUCGAGCAAAACAUCUUCUUGAUCUCAUUCGUAAGACUUUCGUACCCAUCUGGUCUCUACCAACCACCCAAGGGCAAUGCUGCAUUAAUGUUUCCAACGGUCCUAGGGCAAAUUCAAGAACAGAGACACCCAAAAACACUCGUUUUGAUAUGAAAUGCUGUUCAAAGGAGAGAAACGGUGCGCAAACAUCAUCAUCACCUCCUCCUCGACCUUUUCUUGGGCUAAUUGUCUCAGCAAAAAAACUUCGUCUUCGAGGAAUAAGAUUCAAGCGGAGGGAGAAUGUGGAUACACCGUUAGACAUAGGUUUCAAGAACGGUUUGCUUGAAAUACCACUACUAGUCUUUGAUGAUUUUAUCAGCUCUCUUUUGAUCAACUGUGUCGCGUUUGAGCAGUUUAACAUGAAAUGCUCGACCGAGAUUACAAGCUAUGUAACUUUUAUGGGUUGCCUGAUCAACAAGGAAGAGGACGCGACCUUCUUGAUCGAGAACGGGAUGAUAGAGAACUAUUUCGGAACGGGUGAACAAAUUUCUUCCUUCUUCAAGAACAUCGGAAAAGAGAUCUCAUUCAGCAUAUCUAAGAGUUAUCUAUCAAAAGUGUUUGAGGGAGUGAACAAGUACAGUGCGCAAGGCUACCAUGUACAAUGGGCAGGGUUCAAGUACACACAUUUCAACACUCCAUGGACAUUUCUAUCAUCUUGUGCUGCUUUGAUACUUCUUCUACUUACCAUAUUCCAAGCCUUUUUUGCAGCCUAUGCUUACUUUCGUCCUCCCAAUUAA